AUGACACUAGAUGACGUGUCCUGUCUGCUGCAUCUCCUCAUCACCGCCCUUCUGCUUGACCACACCCCAAUAUCAAAAGAUCAAGGUCUUGAAGUGCUGAUUAACCUUCUUGGAGCGCAUUAUGCACAUUCGAAGCUCUCAAAGACCAAAGGUGCCCAUGCCACUUUGACCUAUCUGAAGGGACUGUUUACACAUCACAUUCAGCAGGUAGCAAAUUUCACUUCAUUGGGUGAUGAGGAGUCUUGUGAGAGUAUUUUUGUCGACUCGAGCAAAAAUUGUGUCCAACUUUACUUUGUCCAGUAUUUCAAUGAUUUGGAGUUGGUGAGUCAAUAUGCGUGGGGUGCUUCUGCUUUGUCUUUUAUGUGCAACGGUCUCUCUGCUGCCAACACGCCGAAGUGGACAACGGUCACAGGUUACAUGACACUACUUCAGCCAACGAAAACACAAAACAAGUCCAUAAAAAGGACUGGUUCUGGUUUGCAGGUUUUCCUGCUUCUGGUUCUGCCUCGUUACACAGCCGUUACUUAG